AUGAUGAAAGUUACCAGAGGGCUUUUCUCUGGGCUGUGGGUGGCUGGCCAUGCAGCCGCUUUCUUCAAGAUACCAUGUUCGCGUCCCGUGGUCGUAGAACGGGCUGACCCUAUCGUUAACCCUGGAACGCUAUCCGGACAUGUCCAUAACAUCAUGGGUGGCAACGGCUUCGAUUUCAGCAUGACUUAUGAACAAGCUCGCGCCUCGUCUUGCUCCACAUGCAAGGUGACUGCGGACUUGAGCAACUACUGGAUUCCAAAUCUCUAUUACAGAGGGCAGGACGGCAAAUUCACAAGCGUCCCCCAGGCCGGGGGUAUGCUAAUAUAUUAUCUAUUACGGUCGGAUCCUAAGGACCCAGAAUACAGUAAUGGCCUCCUUGCAUUCCCCAAGGGCUUUCGUAUGUUGGCUGGAGACCCAAAGUUGAGAAGCUUUAACAACAACAGCCUUGAGCAGCGGGCCAUUUCAUACGUCUGCCUAGGCAAUGGAGGCCCUCAAACAAACGAGUUUCCAAAUCGCAACUGUCCAGAUGGCCUUCGUGUGCAAGUUGUGUUUCCGUCAUGCUGGGAUGGCGUGAAUGUUGACUCUCUAGAUCAUAGAAGUCACAUGGCCUAUCCCAGCGGUGUCAGCACCGGCAAAUGCCCGGCAUCCCAUCCCAAGAGAUUCGUAACUCUGUUUUAUGAAGUUAUCUUCCAAGUCAAUGACUUCAAAGACAGGUGGUAUGGAGACAGCCAACCAUUCGUUCUUUCUAAUGGUGAUCCAACCGGAUAUGGACUUCAUGGUGACUUUCUCAACGGAUGGGACAUAGAUGUGCUGCAAACCGCCAUUAAACAAUGCACAGACAACAGUGGUGCGCUGGAAAAAUGCACCGUCUUCCAAUUUUUCGACGACGAGACAAGAAAAGGCUGUCGGGUUCCUGUCAAGGUCAACGAGCCGGUCUUUGGCGAACUGGACGCUCUACCUGGCUGCAACCCUGUUCAACCCGGUCCGCAGAAUGCCCAGCCGCAGGCCAACUGUGGUGCAGCGACGCAGAUCUCGCAACCCCAAUGGGGCUUCACAGAUGUGACGAGUACGCAGAACUUCAAAUAUCUUGGCUGCGCUCGGGACCCAUCCGGCCAAGGUCGGACACUUCCAAGCCCCCGGAAGUCAGGAGAUUUCAUGACUGUCGACUUCUGUAUAAAGCACUGCAGUGAUCAAGGGUAUCAAUAUGCCGGCCUGGAGUAUGCCAAGGAGUGCUGGUGCGGUAACACAGUAGCAGAGGACCGAAUGCCUAAGAAAGGUGUUCUUGGUAGCUGCGAAAUGCCCUGUGCUGGUAACUCGACACAGAUAUGUGGUGGGUAUGCUCUGCUUUCACUCUAUCAAAAAUGUGACGGGGCUUGCGAGAAUGCGGCGUUGAUGUAA